UGAGCAACUCGUUUAACAUCAACAGCUGAGACAUUUGUUGUUUUGAUUCAAAUUUUUACUUAUUAUUUUGUUUUAACUCGACUAAAAUGGAUGAUUAUGCCAUCGUUAAUUCCUCUAAAUUAAAGCUUAAAGGAGAAAAAAGGAAAAUAAAGAAGAGCAAGAAUAAAGAUAAGCGUUCUAAAACUGACUCUGGAACUGACAGUAAUAAUGAAGAUGCAUUAAGACAUGGAGGAUGGGUGUGUUUGGAUUCCAUUGAAACUAUAACCGGAACAAUCGCCUUUGAAAUGUUACCUUAUUGUUACAUUAGAGCCAUGGAUAAUGGACUACUAGCCGUUGGAGAUCCACAUGCACCCGGUGAACCGCCAUAUGAAGAGGAAAUGUUUACUGCUAUAAAAAUUUCUGAAACACAUCGAGCUUUCAAAUCUGGUUAUGAUAAAUAUUUAAGCAUUGACAGUAAUAAUAGAGUUGUGGGUCGAUCCGAUGCCAUUGGUCAAAGAGAACAGUUCGAGCCAGUUUUCCAGGACGGUAAAUUAGCUAUAGUAGCAUGCAAUGGUUGUUUCAUAUCUGCUGAUGAUAAUGGUUAUAUCGUGUCUAAAAGUCAAAAGGCUGGACCAGAUGAGAUCGUGAAGAUCCGUUCAAAUGUAGAUCCAGAAGCUGUGAGGAGAGAAGUUGAAGAAUCCAAAGUUCCAGAAGAAGAGAAAGGAACACUUGAAGAUUGUGAAGAAAAGUAUAUUAAGAAAUUCCAAACAGGAAAGAUUAGCAAAAUUCUCACAAAAGGUGGCAAAGUCCUAGAAUCUGCGAAAGAGGAAGGAAGAUUGCACGAAGCUCUUUUGGACAGGAGAGAGAAGAUAAAAUCUGACAAGUUUUGUAAAUGAUUGUGAUCAACACUUUUUCUAAUUUAUCGAUUCAACUUUCAUCUUGAAACAUCUUAACUGUAUUAAAGCACUGCAAACGUUCGUCUUCAACAA